GCCGUGGUUAAAAUCGGAGUCAUUAAUUACACGGGAAGGCGCUAUAAAGCCCAUUGCUGGCUUGACUUUCGUGCCCUGGGGACCGGAAUGGAUGGUGAUUUUAACUGUUUAAAGAUUUAGUUUAUCUGCUCUGCGAACCGACUUCACAACUAGCGGCAGCUUUCUUAAAUAGCACGGACUAAAUACAGGACGGUAGUUUUAGAAAUUGCCAUAAAUAUAAUUUUAAAAACACGUUUGGGCUUGUGAGGUGUAAUCAAUACUAUCUCUGGGAAGAGACCGCCUUCGGCUAUAUUAAAGGUUAGAGCUGUACCGCGCUCUGAGAUUUACUGAUGCAAGGCAGACUAAACACAGUUCAGAGAAACAAACCAUACCUCUAAUCACUUUAUAAAGUUUUAACAAUCGAGAAAAAUACUGGCGUAUCAAGAAAUCUUUGUGUCCUUAGAAGAGACGGUACACAACGUUGGGGGAGCCGCGGAAAAGCGGCUUGUUUUAAUGACAGAGUCGGGAGAGCAGCGGCUUCCAGUAAUUUACUGUAACGAAGCUGCCAGAUCUCCAAAGCGGGUUUCAGUGCCUCCGUUUGUUUUCUGUCAUGUCAGUGCAGCCGUGUGUCACUUGAUGUCAGUCUUAUGCCAAAAGGCUCCAGCUGUGCCUUUCACGGUUAUGCAACUGCCAUUACAGUACCUGGCUUUUAUUCUGCUUUAUAAGUUGCAGCUUGUCUGCUGAGGAAAAGCAUUUCACUUGACCUGAUCUGCUGAUGUAACCCGAACCGCCUUCAGUUACAAGAGGCUGUCUGGCUGGCCCACUGCAGUACAGCAAUUCCACACAGCGUAAUGACACACCCCUUUGCAAACAAUGAGGACAGGACUUCCCAAAAACACUACAUUUACAUGAGUGGACUGCUCACAAGGGUAUUUCAUAUUGGGGGGGCAGGGGUUGUCACCUAAAAAUACAUAAACCAAGAAACGUUACAUUACGUUACUGUUAAAUACGUUUAGUGAGCCCUUCUAGAAGUGAGUGUGGCUGUGUGGCUUUUUCCUGAAGCUUAUCCCACUGUACAGCAAACUGCCUAACUGUGCUGCUUAUUGCUUUGUACUAAAUGCAGUGUUCUUUAAUCCUGAAACUCAGCACUGCCCCCCGCCCUCAUGAGUAUCUCAGUAUGGACGAGCUGCCCAAAGCCUGGGACUGGAGGAACAUCGACGGCAAGAACGACGUCAGCACCACCCGGAACCAGCACAUCCCCCAGUACUGCGGAUCCUGCUGGGCCAACGGCAGCACCAGUGCCUUAGCAGACCGUAUCAACAUCAAACAGAAAGGCGCUUGGCCCUCUGCGUACAUCUCUGUGCAGAACGUCAUUGACUGUGGGCAGGCAGGCUCCUGUGAGGGGGGCGAUCACUCGGGGGUGUGGGAAUACGCACACAGCCAUGGGAUCCCAGACGAGACCUGCAACAACUGCCAGGCCAAAGACCAGGACUGCACCCCCUUCAACCAGUGUGGUACAUGCACUACCUUCGGAAAGUGCAACGUCAUCAAGAACUACACCCUCUGGAAGGUGGACGACUACGGAGCUGUGAGCGGCAGGGACAAGAUGAUGGCAGAGAUCUACGCCAGGGGCCCCAUCAGCUGUGGUAUUAUGGCGACUAAGAAGCUGGAUGCCUACACAGGAGGGCUUUACACAGAGUACAACCCUGAUCCCUUCAUCAACCACAUUAUGUCGGGCAAUUCCUGGGGCGAGCCGUGGGGUGAGAAAGGCUGGCUGAGAAUCGUCACCAGUGCUUACAAAGAUGGGAAAGGGAAUGAGUAUAACCUGGCUAUCGAGGAAGACUGCGCCUACGGGGAUCCUGUAGUGCCUGCCAAUUACAUUUAGAAACACUCGCUAAGAUUUUAGAAACGAUUAUGCAGGUACAUAAUUAAAACGUAUCUCUAAGGUGUGUGUGUUUUUUUUUUUUUUAUGAUUUCUAAGGACGGCCCUGCAAUGCAGUAAUGAAAGGGAACUCCACUCAGAAAGUAUUUCUCCUCAGCAGGGGUAACAUGCCCAUUGUCUUAUUGUUACAUUUCCAUGCAGUAGCUCUGCUGUCUUAGACACACUACGCAACUGCUUUCUUAGAAAUGAUACUAUUUGUAACACAUCUCACUGUUAAGAGAGAUUCGAAUUAGCACUGAAAUCCAAUUCUGUAAACCAACGUGCAUUUACAGCGUGUUGUUAGCUAUGGGUUACCUCCAGUCUCAUUUGAAUCAGAAAAAUGUACUGGAAGCCCCUGGAGUGACUGAUAGGUAAAGUGACAAUCACUAUGCUGCUUGUAUUAUAAAAUCAAAUAGACUUUAGGAACAGGACAUCCAGGUCUACUGACUGUAGUAACAACGAAGGAUGAAACUACAACAGGGACUUAGUGUAGCUCUCCCCCCUCGUGCACUAACUACAAAAUUAAAUUAGGCAAUACAUAUAUAUUUUGUAAAACAAAUAUCUGAAUUAGUUUGAUUGUAAGACAAUUGUAUCUGAAUAAAGUCUAGAAAUAUUAUUGCUGAGUCUUUCUUUAAAAAAUAAAGUGACCCUUUUUGUAACUAAGAAAGGA